AUGGCCACAACAAAGAGAACGGCCAGGAUAACAAAUUUAGAUGACUCCUCAUUUUAUGCUCCUAUUAGCGAGAUCUCGGACGUGCCACCAAGCGCCCCAAGCACCCUGAGUGAUUCCAUCUUGGCAGAAUCAGGGGAGGAGGUGCAGAAUGACCCUCCUAUCAUUGAUCUAUCUGGGCAGGCUGCUGCUUUGCCCGAGAGCUCGAGCAAUGACUUUGAGCCCAGCACCUCCAGUCGGUACUCUAACAACUCUGAGGUGAAGCAUUCUCGGCUGCAUGCGGCAAGAGAAAGUCAUUCAGUAGAAAAAAGAGAAGGCUGGAAAGAGCCGACUGCAACCCAAAGAGACAUGGUCUACUUUGCAGAUGCCCCUCAAGAGUCGGACCUGGUUCAACUCGCCAAGUCCAUGCUAAGGGAUAUCCCCUUCGAGGAGAGGGAAGCUGUAAAGGGAGUUGGCACCCUUGACUUAGAAACCAUCCUGGCUCUUCUUGCUAAGGCAGAUGGCGAGGAAGAUGCGGAGGAUGAGGCGUCUGACUCCACUUCCGGGGAGUCGGACCAAGAAGAGGAUGACAAGGAGGAGGAGGAGGCGGAUGCUGAAGAAGAACAGCCGCAGCAGGAGACAGAUGCCGAGAAAGGACAGCCGCCGGUUGAGGAUCCAAAGGAAGCGGCUGGUGACACUAAACGUCCUCCAACUGCUUGA